AUGGCUUCAUUCCUGGCACGAACCGGCGGACCACUAAUCGAGUCCGUUAGACCCAAGACCGUUCAAAAGAUCCUCAGCUAUGCUCCCGUUGCGCUGCAACAAUUGCGAAACCUGAACGUGCAGGAACAUGUCUCGUACACUCUCCUCAACGAAAGUGGAAUCCCAACACCGCGCUUCGCUGUGGCCAAGAAUGGCAAGGAGGCGAGCGAUAUUGCCAACAAGCUUAAAACAGACAAUCUUGUGCUCAAGGCGCAAGUUCUGGCCGGCGGUCGCGGCAAGGGAACUUUUAAGAAUGGCCUAAAGGGCGGCGUGCGUGUGGUCUACGAUGCCAAGACCGCCGAGGAUAUUUCCUCAAAAAUGAUUGACCAACUCCUGAUUACCAAGCAAACCGGAGCCGCUGGUCGCAUCUGCAAGAAAGUGAUGGUUGCCGAGAGGAAAUUCCCCCGCCGUGAGUUCUACUUUGCCGUCAUGAUGGAGCGUGCCUUCAAUGGUCCCGUUUUGAUUGCCUCGAAGGAGGGUGGCGUGGAUAUUGAGGAGGUGGCCAAAGAGAACCCCGAUGCCAUUAUCUACGAACCCAUCGACAUUGCCAGGGGUCUGACCGAAGAGCAGGCAUGCAAAAUUGUCGAGAAAGUCGGCCUUGGCGGCGACGGUGCCGAUGAGCAUAUCAAGAUGCUGCUCAACCUAUACCAGCUGUUCGUGAAGAAGGAUGCUCUCUUGGUGGAGAUCAAUCCCUAUGCCGAGGAUGCCAUGAGUGGCUUCUUUGCAUUGGACGCCAAACUGCGGUUCGAUGACAAUGCAGAGUUCCGUCAAAAGGAGCUGUUCUCUAUGCGGGAUUGGACCCAGGAGGAUCCCAAGGAAGUGGAGGCAGCCAAAUACAAUUUGAAUUACAUUGCUCUAGACGGCACCAUCGGCUGCAUGGUGAACGGUGCCGGUUUGGCCAUGGCCACAAUGGACAUCAUCAAGCUGUACGGAGGGGAGCCGGCCAACUUCCUGGAUGUGGGUGGCGGAGCCACUGCCGAUGCUGUUAAGGCUGCCUUCAAGAUCAUUACCUCCGACAGGAAGGUGCUCUGCCUGUUGGUUAAUAUCUUUGGCGGCAUUAUGCGUUGCGAUGUCAUUGCCGAGGGCAUUAUUGCUGCUGCCAAGGAUCUGAAUCUUAACUUGCCCAUUGUUGUGCGCCUCCAGGGCACCAAAGUGAAGGAGGCUCGCGAACUUAUACGCGCAUCUGGUCUGAAGAUUUUGGCACGUGACGAUCUCGACAAGGCGGCCGAUCUGGCUGUGCAUUUGGCCCAGAUUGUAAAGUUGGCGCGCGAAAUGAAAAUGGAUGUGAACUUUGAGAUUCCCGCCGACCAAAAGUAGAUAAAUCAUGAUAAAUAAUGGCUAAGUCAACUAUCUUACUACCACAAAGCAAAAACCAAGUCAAACUCUUACUCAACGUGGAACCACACACACAAAAAACAAAACAAAACUACUCAAUGGAAGAAACGCCAUAGCUUUGUAGUUAGAGAACAUUAUGUAUUCGUUACGAUCGGUCGAAAUAAUUGAUGAAUGAUGAUAAUUUUGCAAAAAUGUUUAGUUUAAAGUUUAAACAACCCAUAAAGUCGUAAUUGUUGAUAGUCCAGUCAUAAGAUAUAUGGCUAGAUAAUUCGAAUAAUCCAUCACGUUGAGUGUUCUCUUUGCACCUAAACAACAAUUUGUGUAUCUAUUAUCACCAUUAAAGUGCACGAAACAGAUAGAGUAAAAAUUAAGGAACAAAUGCCAUCGGUCCAAUUGUGAUUUUUGACAAAUUCAA